UAAUGAAUUAGCUGUUGUUAAAUGAAGGUUCCUAAAAUUAAGUUAGAAGUGAUCAACCUCAUGCAAUGAAUGUUAAUGUUGUUGUAAACUUAUAAUAAGCAAAUUUAAAUUUACAAUUAACUAUUGAUCCCGAAAUUCCAUUUAAUACAUUCAUUAAUGGAAUCAAAGAAUAAAUAUUUGCUUAAAGAAUGCAAGCUCAAUAUGAAGAAACAAUAGAAUAUUAAUUAGGAAAUGGAUCUAAUCUAUAAUAGAGUGAAACCAGAACUUUAUAGAAUUUAGGAUUCACAAAUAAUUGCAUACUUUAUGUCAGACUAAAGCUUAAAGGAGGAUAGUAUUGA